AAACUAAUAAAAAAGGUAUAUAAUUUACCAUUAUCGUAAAUUUGUACGAACAAAGUUUGAAAAGUCGAAAAACAAGUUGUACUUUACUACAAUAAUAUCGUUACUCUUAUGUCCACACAAAUCCAAAAAAUGAAAAAAAAGGAAUUACAGUAAGGGCCAAUAUCAAUAAAUAUCUACCAACCUUCUUCCUAACGUUUUUAUCCUCCUCCUCCCAAUUAACACCCAAAGAGACUCAAGAACAAACAAAGAAUGGAUCAUAAUCACAUGCAUGACAUGCCUCCACCAUCAUCAUCCAUGAUGAACAACGGAUCAAUGAGCGGAGAAGGAGGAGGAGGAGGACACAAGAUGAUGUUGAUGCACAUGACGUUCUUUUGGGGCAAGAACACGGAGGUUCUCUUCUCCGGUUGGCCGGGAACAAGCUCCGGCAUGUAUGCUCUCUGUAUCAUCUUUGUCUUCUUCCUCGCCGUCCUCACCGAAUGGCUUUCUCACUCCCCUCUCCUCCGUGGCACCACCGGAGAUAAGGCUAAUGCCGCCUCCGGACUCGUCCAAACCGCCGUGUACACCCUCCGCACCGGCCUCUCUUAUCUAGUCAUGCUCGCCGUCAUGUCAUUCAACGCCGGCGUGUUUAUCGCCGCCCUAGCCGGUCAUGCCAUCGGUUUCAUGUUGUUUGGGAGCCGAACGUUCCGGAAUACCUCCAGUGACCGGGAGACGAAGGAUCUUCUUCCUGCCUCAGGUUGUGCUUGUUGAUUAUCAUAUAUGUAUUAUUUUAUUCACACUUGUGUUUCUAAAUAAAUAUCUAGGGUUUGUACUUUUCUUGAUUGUUUUUUGGAUUGUUCUUGAGGUUCACGGGAGUUAGUGUGAGGAGGAGGAAUAUUUUCUAUUUUCUAUUUUCUAUUUGUUUUGCUUUAUCAUUUUUGUAUUUUUCUGGUCAGUAUGAUUAAAUGGUGAAAACUGAAGAGAUAUCAAAUUUGUUAGCAUGUCGUAUCAUAUUAAACUUAUUUAAUCCUUUU